CGAGAUUUCGAGUCGAAUUUUGAACAUUCAAAAUAAUGGCUUUGGUGUGACGGAUCUGUUUCUAAAUCUCCGCGGUGAGAGUUCUGGCCAACUUCUAACACUCACCUCGGGCUGCUUGUUUGGGGCUCUGAAGUAAACGCCUUCUUCACCCCUGAAGUUUCAGGCAGGAGACAUGUGAGAGUCUGCACGUAGCUUUCCGACCGGGACUUGUUGAAAUCCAACCCCAAAACCGGGAGACAGCCAACAGAGUGGUGGAACAUCACAGAUAGGACGGACCUCCUCAAAAAAAAACUCUGCCCCUCUUCCUGCAGAGAGGACCCGUCACUGGAGCUACCGUGCCGGGACACGUUUCCACCACAAGAUGCUCGGUUUCAGGAUGGAGCUGCCAUGUUGGUGCUUUCUUUUGCUAAGUUGUUUGCAGUCAAUCUCAGCUGGCAAUGACUUCUUCACUUCCAUCGGUCAAAUGACAGACUUGCUAUACACUGAGAAAGACCUUGUCACCUCCCUUAAGGAUUACAUUAAGGCCGAGGAGAAUAAGCUGGACCGUCUCAAAAAGUGGGCGGAUAAGUUGGAUUCUUUGAGUGCCACAGCCACACAGGACCCUGAAGGUUUCCUUGGUCACCCUGUCAACGCUUUUAAACUGAUGAAGAGGCUGAACACUGAGUGGGGAGAUCUGGAGAGCCUGGUGCUCAGUGACACUACUGAUGGAUUUAUUUCCAACCUGACCAUACAGAGGCAGUACUUUCCCACGGACGAGGACCAGACUGGUGCGGCAAAAGCUCUCCUGCGUUUACAAGACACCUACAGACUGGAUGCCAACACCAUUUCAAAAGGAAACCUGCCUGGAGUGAAACACAAGAGCUUGAUGACAGUGGAGGACUGCUAUGAGUUGGGCAAGAUUGCCUACUCUGAGGUGGACUACUACCACACAGAACUAUGGAUGGCGCAAGCACUUAGGCAGUUGGACGAAGGAGAAGAGUCGCCCUUAGACAAGGUGACGGUCCUCGACUAUCUCAGCUAUGCUAUCUACCAGCAGGGGGAGAUACAGAGAGCUUUAGAGUACACCAAGAGGCUGCUUGAGUUGGAUCCAGAGCAUCAGCGUGCCAACGGCAAUCUGAAGUAUUUUGAGUUCCAGCUAGAGAAGCAGAGGAAGGCUGCCAAAGAGGAACCUCAGGAACAAAAAGAGGAGGUGAAAGUGAAUAAAACUGAGAAGAAGAAGUCCAAGAAAGAGUUCCAGCUGAUCCCUGAAAGGAAGAAGUAUGAAAUGCUCUGUCGCGGCGAGGGCAUCAGGAUGACUCCUCGCAGGCAGAGCCGACUGUUCUGCCGUUACUUCGACAACAAUCGCAACCCCAAGUAUGUGUUGGCACCUGUCAAACAGCAGGACGAGUGGGACCGUCCCUACAUUGUUCGUUACCUUGACAUCAUCUCUGAUAAGGAAAUUGAGAAAGUCAAGCAGCUGGCAAAACCCAGACUACGCAGAGCCACUAUCUCCAACCCAAUCACUGGCGUUCUGGAGACGGCUCCGUACCGGAUCAGUAAGAGGCGGGCCACGGUGCAUGACCCUCAAACUGGAAAACUUACUACUGCCCAAUACAGAGUCUCCAAGAGUGCUUGGCUUACUGGCUACGACGAUCCAGCGAUCGACGUCAUCAACCAGAGAAUUGAGGAUCUUACUGGGUUGGAAAUGGACACUGCAGAAGAGCUACAGGUUGCAAAUUACGGCGUUGGGGGUCAGUACGAGCCACACUUUGACUUCGGAAGGAAAGACGAGCCUGAUGCUUUUAAGGAGUUGGGUACCGGGAACCGCAUAGCAACAUGGCUGUUCUAUAUGAGUGAUGUCGCAGCAGGGGGCGCCACAGUAUUCCCAGACGUUGGUGCAUCAGUUUGGCCUCAAAAGGGCUCUGCUGUAUUCUGGUACAAUCUCUUCCCCAGUGGCGAAGGAGACUACAGCACCAGACAUGCAGCUUGUCCAGUGCUGGUCGGCAAUAAAUGGGUAUCGAACAAAUGGAUUCAUGAACGAGGCCAGGAGUGGCGGCGACCAUGUGGUCUGAACGAAACAGACUGAUGCAAAUUAAAGGAAGGAAGUUCCCCUUCUGUCCUUCUCUUCUCUUCCAUGUGAACCAGUUGGGACAUAGAAACAACGCUACAGAUGACACUAGUGGUCCGAACGGGUUACCCCCUCUGCUCCAACACUCCUUACCCUCCCACCCCCGCCCUGCCCGUGUGCUCUGAGCCCAGAGAUUGUUUGGGUUUUAUGUCAAGCCCAUGGACAGUAUUAGCAGUGCUGUGACAGAUUACACGUUCUCCUGGUGGUUGGACUGUUAUGAGAAUCACUUUUCACUCCCAUGUGUCCAUCGUUGCACUCUGUUUGAACUCAAGCACUGUGGUGAAAGACGUUUUAUCCCGCUGCCUUAAAGUAGGAGACUUUUUUUCUACUUGUUCCUUCAGGAGCCCUCGAAGAAAUGUUGCUUAACAAAACAGAUCCACCUGAAUAAAUAAUCACUUCAUUGUUAUUCAUGCAGUUUACUCAACGUUUUAGCUCACGGUGACUGGGUUAAAGAUGCAGAUAAAUCUAACAAUUUCUCGCUAGAAAAUAACUUCCAAAAUCCCAGGGUGAAAUAUUGCACAUACUUUAAUGCUUUAACUGGUAUUGCCUUUUAAAGUCGUACAAAAUCACUGGCAACUUGGCGGCUUUGCUUGUCGUUCUUUUUUUUAUAAUAAACAAGCUGAUAACAUUUCGUGCCCAUGAGGAUCUUCAGUGCUGUUAGUGUGAAAACAAAUUGGUUUUUGGAGGAAGAUGCAUUUUAUUUAUAUUAUUAUUCCCGACAUCUGUGUUGUUGCGUGUGUGAUUAAGGUCUGGGUUUGUUUUUGAAAUGCAAUAAUAAAGACUGU